AUGGGCUACUGGCCGAUUGUGCAUGGCGAAAAGUGGCACGCGAAUAAAUACGAUCUAACAAAUUUGCUCAUCCACACAAGCCUAACGAGAGCAAUGGAGAUUUUUUUGAAUAUUUACGUGUCACAAGAUCAACGAAACGCCUCACGCCGCCUGAUUCACCUUGACCAAGGAGGUCUUGGCCUUGGUGGCGGUUCAAAAGGCUAUUUUAUGAAUAUGGAUAAAUAUAAGAAACAGAUAGACGCGUACAAACAAUAUAUGAUCAAUAAGAUCAAAUUGGUGGCCGAAGAUGCUGGUGAGACAAAAACGGAACAAGAAAUCGCCGGAGGAGUCGAAGAAAUGAUCAAUUUGGAGAAAUCAAUUGCUGAGGUGGGCGAGCCGCAAACCAUCGAGAGAGGGGGAGCG